UACUUGACGUUCGCGUGCGAAAUUCGACAAACACAUAACCACUUCGAUUUGCGUGUCGUCGCCGAAACGAACCGAUACAUUAUCUCGAACUGUUAUAUUAAAUUUUAUUUUACAUUAUAUAAUUAUUAUUUUUAAUUAAAAAAAAAUUAGUGAUUGACUCUUAGCUAAUUUAUAAGACUGAUGGUAUAGUUGUGAUAUUUUUGUUGUGAUUUUUCUAUGCAUGGUGUGAAUGGUAUUAAGAAUCAGUGAUAGCCUACUUUUACAUAUUUGAAUCUAGUGAAAUUGUGUUUGCGAAUUUAAUCAACUCUAAUUCUGAUUCUUCUCAGUGUGAAAAUUGGAUGGCUACAUUUUGAAGCAAUGAAAGCGGGAUCCUCAAGAUAGCGCCAUCAUACGUCCAGAAACCGAGAAUGUUGAGAUGGUUGGGUCCCAAGAAGCCCACAGAACCACCCGAUAGGAGGUCGUCAUCGGACCCUGCCGGAAUAGCGGACGAGGAGUUCACCGAUGACCCGCUGGCCGCCAUCUCCAUUCUCGACACCCGCAGGAAACGAGGUGAACCUCGACAGGUCUAUUCAGUAAGCAGGUCAGUUUUCUUACCAAGGGUAACGCUGAAGAGCAAUGCUGGUAUUGAGGGUACUUCUACUUCUGACAAUACUGCUCUUAAUGGUGUUGGGGUGAACCCGUUGUUUCUCGAACCUCCACCACCAGACGUACCGAAACCCCAAUCCCGCAAUGUAUCUCACCAAAGCUCCCCGUCCCCCGCCUACAAAUCCAACUCGUCCGGUUAUGGAGGCUCGCAGGGUGGAAGCAGCAUGGACGCCCUCUAUUUGGAGCAGCUCAAGCUCCAAAACGAGAACGGCGUCGUGCUCGAUCAGAAUCCGGCGUACGUUCGCAGCAUACGCGUAGCACGUGGCAGGAGGAACGCGAAAACAAAGCAGAAGAUACAGGUGCCAUCUAUGACGUCGAGUUCGUCGGGUAACGGGACUUUGACUACCAUUCCAGAAGGAAGGGUCGAUUUGCCAAUACCCAAACCAAUCUGGCCUUUAGAUGAGAAAUUCUUGGAUCAGUACGAUUCACUUGUAGACGAUGCUUUGUUGCUGUACACCAGUCUGAAUCAGUCGCCGGAGAAGACCAAAUGCCUGGAGAGCUAUGUUGACCUGUCCGUUAAGGAUUUACUCGUGGAACUGCUGAAUCACAUCAACGCCACCUUAGAGGGCAAAACUGGGGUCAGUCCUGAAGACAUGCUGAGGAAUAUCAAUGAUCGCCUCCUGUCGAAGCUGGAGACGUUGAGGAACGCCACGGAAGAUGAGAUGAAGAAGCUGUGUAUUAAUCUGAGUAAUUGCAGGAAGAUGAAUUCAGUACUGAGGGCCUUCAGUAAUUCCAGUUCCAGUGGCAAUUCAACUCAAAGUGUGGCAGAUUACAGCAGCGGUCGUGUCCGUACCGUCUCCUCCGAAACUGAGGACAUCUACCAGAUACCCUCAGGUUCCUCCAGUAGCGGUUUCAGUGACUCAGUCAAAGAACCUUGCACAGUACUUCCCGUUUUCGUUCACCACGACAAUUUCUCUGGCGUGCCGAACGGCGUGCGCAACGCAAUGAUUUAUGGAACGUUGAUGAGGGACAGAAGCGGAACAGGUGGUGAGAAACUAUUGGAAAGGAACAAAACAGCAACGGUCCCGAAGAAGAGCUUGCUCAUGGCUGUGAACGAUAACAAACCGAGUGUGUGGGAACAAUACUACGGAAUGAAGGCGAACGCCGAAGGAGUGACGAAGCAAACACUGAAACCCUCAGAUGUACCUAUUUUUCCUGGCGGCCGACCGGAAGCGGAUUUUACACUGGACGUUCCAAGAUCGGAGCUGCUGUCGAAGAAGAUGCGCGAGGACAAGAAAUGGAGAUUUAGGUGUCGAUUAUUAACAUCUUUUUUAGGGUUGGUCUUUUUUCUGUUGUCAGUUAUGGCUGUUAGUUUAAUGUUGACGCGUGGAAAACGUAUGUUUGGAUCUAUGGUAUAAACGAUUUACGAUACGAUGGAGUUAUACUAAAAAAAUGUUUAUUUAAAUCAAACGACAAUGGACGCGCGCAUUUAUCUAAACUUAUUUAGUUUUAAUUUCAAUAUAUAAAGUUUUAAAAAAGCACAGUUUCUCUUUAUGUAAUUGGAAACAUUCAAUCAGAUCCAUUAAUCUGAUUGAUUUCUAUAAUUACUUUUUUUCUAUGUUUUCAGGAUUAAAGGAAAUUUACUAGUACUUUAUAAUGCUUUUAUUGUCAGUUAUUUAUUAUCACUUAAAUAAUGAUUUGAAUUAUUUAUUUUUAAAUUGUUGAAAGUAUAUUCUGUAGUAGUUUUAGAUAAUAUAGACCACAGUAGGGUAAUUAUAAACCACUGCCAUAAGAUUUGCUCACACAAUACAUAUUACUUUUAAGUGCCAAAUAGUAUUUGCUACAACUAAUAAUAAAUCUUGAAAAAAUUGGAAACAUACAUGUUUUUUUUUUCAUGAAUAACAAGUAGUUUUAACAAUAUUUCAUAGUUUUAUUAUUUGAAAAAAAAAAAUACAAAAAAAAAACUUCUACAAAUUUAAAUUAAAAAUUAUAUUAAAAGAUAAUAUAAAAAUGUAAAACGUGGAGCAAUGAAUGAAUUUCGUACUUAAACUUUUGUAGUCCACUGUUUUCGAAGUAAUUAAACUUAAGUAUUAUUUAAAAUGUUUCAUAUUAUUAUAGUUACCAGGAGUUUUAUUCUUUUUCUUUUGUGAUCUUCCCAAUAUAUUAUUUAAUGUGUGUACGUUAUAAUUAAUUUAAGUGUUCGGUCAAUUUUCUAUUUAAUUUUAGUGAAUUGUCUUCUAAUGAAUUUAAGUCUGAGUGUAAAUUAAUGUGUAAAUGUGUCUUUUGUAUUAAUUGACUGUAUAUAUUGUAUUAUAUUUAAAU